AUGAAAGCAUCCAUACACUUCGCCAUCAGCGCCCUAGCAGCCCUCACAGCCGGGCAAACUCCCUCCCCCCCACCCUGCGACCGCCCCUGCCUCGAGACCCUCGUCUCCGACUACCUCACCGCGCUCAUCGCCCACGACCCGUCGCGCCUCCCCCUCGCUCCAGACGUCAAGUAUGUCGAGAACAGCCAGAUCGUGCCCCUCGGCACCGGCGAGUGGCACGUCGCGACCUCGCUCGGACGAUACCGGCAUAUCUUCUCCGACCCAGAGAACGGGCAAGUCGGCGCGAUAACGACGCUGACGGAGAACGGCGUCGGCAUCAUCUACGUGGUGCGGCUGAAACGAGAGGCGGCCAGCGGGCUGAUCAGCGAGAUCGAGAGCCAGAUCACGCGCGACGCGGGCGGGUUCGCGCUGUACGAGAACAUGAGCGUGCCGGAGAGCGUGUGGCUGCAGCCCGUAGCUGUGGAAGAUCGCAUCCCGCGCGCGAAGCUGAUAUCGCAGACGGACAAGUACUACGCGGGCAUGGAGCGCAACGACCCGCGCGGCAACUACUCGUUCUUCGAUAGGGACUGCAAUCGCCUGGAGGACGGGCUGCAGACGACGAACCAGAAGAAUAAUGCGAGCUACGGGCACUCCAACGACACGGCCUUUGCGUCGCUCGGCUGCGAGGCGCAGUUCCAGACGGGCUUCCUGGGCUUCGUGACGAGAGUCCGGGAUCGGCGGUACGCGGUCGUGGAUGAGGAGAGGCAGGCGGUCCUUGCGAUGACUAUCUUCGAUCAUAAUGGCACGGUGAGGGAGCUGCCCAGCGUAAACGGCACGUCCAACCCCAUACCACCGUACUUCGACGUCCCGCGCACGCUGGCGGCCAGCGAGGCAUUUCGCCUGAGGGGAGAGGAAGGCAAGCUCUGGCGGAUCGAGAUGACGCUCACCGAGGUGCCGUACGGGCAGCGCACCGCCUUCGACGCCGGGGAGACGCACGACCUGUCCGGACGGGGGACCAACCGCUCUACCUCCGCGCCGUGCGACCGCGCCUGUCUGGACACCCUCCUGGACAACGUGCUCGCCGCGAUGCUCCGCAACGACACCACCUCGCUGCCGCUCGCGAAAGGCGUCCGCUACUCCGAAAACGGCCAGUUCCUCGCCCUCGGCGACGGCCUCUGGGAGACCCUGCAACACGCCGCCAAGCCAGGCGUCGACGACUACGCUGCGCGCUUCGCGGACCCGAGCACCCAAACCGCAGGCUACUGGGGCCUCACGCGCGAGCAAAGCACGCCCGGCGUGCUCGCGCUGCGCAUCACCCUCGCUAACGGGCAGAUCAGCGAAAUCGAAGCCCUCAGCGUGCGCGCAGAAGGUACAGGCGCCCGCGGCGGAACAGUGACCCUGAUGCGGCCACCGCUCCCUGUAGAAUGGGUGGGCGACUCGCUCGGCGCGCUCGACGCAGUCUUCAAGACGAACAGCACAGGGGGCGCUGUGAUCCCGCCCUCUGUGGUCCUAACAGCGUACUUCAACGGCCUGGAGCAGCACUCCAGCGCUGACGUGCCCUUCACGCCGUCGUGCACGCGGCGCGACAUGGGGCGGCAGCUGCGAAUGGCGUGCGGCGCGCAGAUGGACGGGCAGGGCACGACGCCGAACGGGCUUUUCAACAGUACGGGCGUGGUGCGGGAUCGGCGUGUCUUGGUUGCGGAUGCGAGUAAGGGCGUCGCGAUGGUGGUUGCUAUGGUGGAUUACCCGGCUAGGGUGUCGGGCACUGUGCCGCGGACGCAAAUGGUGCCUAGCACGUAUAUGAUUCCGCAGCUGAUCAAGAUGGACAAUGGGACGAUAUCCCGCGUGGAGGGGAUGAUCAAGUGGAUGCCGUUUGGGUACACGUCGGCGUGGGCGGAGGGGAAGAGUAAUUCGACUAGGUUGAGGCUGCAUUAG